AUGUCCUUUCCCAGUAGCUCUCCUGCGGCCAACACAUUUUUAGUGGACUCUUUAAUUGGCGCGUGCAGGACGGACAGCUUUUACUCCAACAGCAACAUGUACAUGCCGUCCGGCUCAGAAAUGGGAACUUACGGAAUGCAAACCUGUGGACUCCUGCCGUCUUUUGGUAAAAGAGGGGAGGUCAACCACCAAAAUAUGGGCAUGAACGUCCACUCGUACAUACCUCAAAUAGAUAACUGGACUGAUCCGAGCAGACCUUGCCGAAUAGAGCCGCCCGGUCAGAUGUCAAACUGUACAUUUUCACAGAGCAUAAAGGAGGAGAGUAACUGCUGCAUGUACUCCGAUAAGAGAGUGCAGAAAGUCAGCUCGUCAGAGGUCCCCGCAUAUUCUAACGCCAUCCCCGAGUCGUGUCCCGUCGACGGUCCCGAGAUCCCGGUCCCGGGCUAUUUCAGACUGAGCCAAACUUAUGCCAACGGGAAGCAGCCGGAGAACUACUGCCAUGAGCCGCCGCCGAGUCCAAACCCGACCCUGAUGCAGCUGAGCCGGCUCACCCCCAAGCCGCAGUCCUCCGCGGUGCCCUCCAAUUUCGCAGAGGUGGAGAAGAAAAUCGAGGACGUCCCGCAAAACCCCGACACCACAAGGACACCGGUGCCCGCAGAGAGCCCGGAACCCAAGUCCGGCUCGGAGGAGAAGAGCUGCUCCCUGGAAGCCCCAGUGUCCAGCCCUGAGCUGCUCCAUAAGGAAGGGAAAGACUGCAAGAGUGACACGUUAACAAACAACUGGCUGACAGCGAAAAGUGGCAGAAAGAAACGGUGUCCCUACACAAAGCACCAGACCUUGGAGUUGGAGAAGGAGUUUCUGUUCAAUAUGUACCUGACCCGAGAGCGCCGCCUAGAGAUCAGCAGGAGCGUCAACCUGACCGACAGGCAGGUCAAAAUCUGGUUUCAAAACCGCAGGAUGAAACUGAAGAAAAUGAACAGGGAAAACCGUAUCCGUGAACUGACCUCAAACCUCACCUUCUCGUGAGCUCGCAUGCGCCAGAGCCUCGCAGCUGUCUCCCAACUUUUUCUCCCACCUUGAGUUUGAUGCUUCAGUGGCAUUGGACGUUCUGAUCUGAAAUUUCAACGAAACUGUGACUGUAAAUGCUGAUCCUAGUGAGUAUAGUGUGGCGUCGUGUAUUUGUUUUGUUUUUUGUUUGUUUUUUUUUCCUUUGUUUCAUCA